AUGUAUUUCUCUUGGUUCACUCUCUCUCUCUACCCCUCUUUCUCUCUCUUUGUCUCUUUGUAUUUCUCUCAGUCAAACUUUCAUUCUCUUUAUCUUCACUCUCUAUAUACAGCUCUCUCUCUCUCUCUCUCUCUCUCUCUCUCUCUCUCAAACUCGGUUCAUAUUCUCUUUCUAUCUAACGUUGCCUUGGUCAUAUCACUGUCUCUUUCUUUGUCAAUGGUUCUAGCUCUUCCUUCUUUCAUCAUCUCUUUCUCUCACACCCACACGCACUCCCCCCCCCGUGUGCUUGUGUGUAUAUCUACUUUUUCAUCUCUCGGUCCAAUUUUCCCUCUCUCUUGCCAUUUUCUCUCUGUCAUUCUCUUUCUCAAUCGCUCUAUUCAUCUUCACUCUCUCUUUCUCGGUAACUUUUCUCUCGCCGUCUCUUGUUCUUUUGAUGUAUACUCUAAUUUCUCUCUUCUUCCCUCUGUGUAUUUGUGUGUAUAUCUAUUAUGUCUCGGUUCAAAUUUCAAUGCUUUCUUUAUUACCUCUCUCUCUCUCUCUCACUCUCUCUCUCUCUUUCUCUCUCUCUCUAUCUCUCUCCCGUUACAUCCCUCACUCUUUUUCGGUCUCUUGGUCAAUAUUUUACUCUCUCUUUCUCAGAUCUGUCAAUCUUCUCUCAAUCUCACUGCUCAUUUAGUUUAUAUUCUACUCUAUCUUCCUCUGGCUCUAUUCUGUCUUUGUCAUUUUCUCUCUCUCUCUCUCUCUAUCUAUCUAUCUAUCUGUAUAUCGUUUUUCCCUUAUUAUUUCACGUUCCAACUUCCUUUCAAUCUAUUUAUCUAUUUAAUCUUUCUCUCUCUUUCUCUCUCAGUCAUAACUUUCUUGCUUUACUGUAUCUAUUCUCCAUUCUCUCUAACUCUCUCUCUCCUCUUCUUUUGCUCUUUGUCUAUAUUUUUUUACUGA